AUGGACAUUCGAACGUUUUUCAAAAAACCACGGCUAGAAAAUGAUGAGAUAGAAAAUAGUUUUAAUAACCAGUCACAACCAAUUGAACCAGCGAGAAAUGCAUCUCCAGAAAGAAAUGUAUCAGUGUCACUUCCAGAGAUUGUGCACCAACAUGACAUAGGAUUAUAUGUGAAUAAACCUGCAACUGAAACUAUUGACUUGUUUCCGGGACUUCAAAAUUUGAUUUGGACUCCUCCAGAAGACUAUAAAUUUCCUGUUUCCGAAAAAAGAAAUUUCAAAUUUCAAAGAAGUUGGUUGCUUAAAUAUAAAUGGUUGGCUUAUUCAGCAAUUAUGAAUGGCGUAUUUUGUAAGUAUUGUGUGUUGUUUUCUGUCGGAGGUGGAGGAAUUGGACAUCAAAAGUUGGGACUGUUAGUUAAAAAACCGUUUACAAACUGGAAAAAAGCUUUAGAAUCAUUUAGUUACCAUAACUCACUAGAGUAUCAUAAAACUUCAUUAUUAAAAUCAAACAUGAGAGCAGAAAUUGAUAACCAAAACAUUUUACCAGUUGAUUUACAAAUUUCGGAACAACAAUUAAAUUUCAUUAAUGAAAGUAAAAAAUGUUUGAUACCUAUAAUCGAAACUUUAAUAUUAUGUGGCCGGCAGGGUUUGGCCCUUCGUGGUUCAAAUGAUUCAGGGAGAAUAACCUCCGAAGAACCUUUAACUAACGAUGGUAAUUUUCGGGCUCUUUUAAGAUAUCGAGCAAAAACUGACGAUCAGCUUAGUACUUUUUUGCAAAAUUCCUCAAAAAAUGCCAUGUAUAUCAGUAACCGUAUACAAAACGAAUUUAUUGUCAUAUUUAAUAAUUUAAUUCAAAAACAGAUUAUUGAACGAGUCAAUAAAUCUCAAGCUUUUUCAGUAACAGCAGAUGAAACUGCCGAUAUUGCUGGCAUAGAACAAGUCUCAAUAUGUGUAAGGUAUUUAAAUAAUGAUGACGCUAAAUUAAAAAUACGUGAAGAUUUUUUAAGCUUUGUACCUGUAGCAGAUGUAACUGGGAAAGGUUUAUCAAAUGUUAUUUUGGAUUUCCUUGAAUAUUCUGGAAUUGACUGUGCGUAUUUAUUUGGACAAGGGUAUGACGGGGCUAGUACUAUGAGUGGUGAAUUUCACGGAGUUCAAGCGUAUAUCAGAGAAAAGUAUCAUUUAGCUCUCUACUCACACUGUGCUGCCCAUAGUUUCAAUUUGGCAGUUAGUGCCGCAUGUAGUAUCCCCCAAAUUAGAAACUGUCUUGGUACAGUCCAAUCUAUUUACAACUUCUUUAAUACACCAAAACGACAAAUUGCACUUCAUGAUGCAAUACAAAAUAAUGAAUUUUUGUUACAAGAAAAGAAAAAAAAACUUAAAAAAUACUGCGCAACAAGGUGGGUACAGCAGCAUGAAUCAAUUGGAACCUAUAUAGAUUUACAACCAGCUGUUAUUGACGCCUUAGAAAACAUUUCAAGUACUUGGACAGAUUCAAAAACAACAUCCGGAUCUUUUCAACUCCUUUCAGCAAUAAAAACCUUAGAGUUUCAAGUAUCAAUUCACGUUUUGCAUUCAGUACAUGCAUUGGCUUUAUCAUUGAGUAGAGUUUUACAAACAGAAAAUCAAGAUUUGGUUGAGGCUGUUAAGUUAGCAGACGCAGCAAAACACGAACUUGAAGAAAGAAGACAAUAUUCUACAGAAAACUUCAACAAAAUUUUUGUGACUGUAGAAGAUAUUUGUAAGAAGUACAAUAUACCUGUGACUAAACCAAGACUCGUAUCACGCCAAACUAACCGUUCUAACAUUAUAACAGACUCCGUAGCAGAUUAUUAUAAAAUUAUUAUUUACAUACCAUAUCAUGAUUUAUUUAUCACUCAUCUUCAAGAUCGCUUCCUCAAACAUCGAAAUAUUUUGUCCAACUUCUCAUGUCUUUUUCCUAUUGAAACUAAAUCUUUAGACAAAGUUGCUUGUAAAACGUUGUUUGAAAUCUACAGUUCAAUUUUACACGACGAUUCCCCAGAAAUUUGGAUAAGUGAGGUAGAAAUUUGGCGACGACGACUAGUUGGUAAAAAUAUUCGAAACGCCCUUGAUGCCCUUGAUAUUUGUAAUGCAGAUGCAUUUCCAAAUGUCCAUAAAAUGUUACGUGUUAUGUCAGUUUUGCCUGUGACUACAACGACUAAUGAAAGGUCGUUUUCUACAUUACGUCGGCUGAAAACUUACCUACGAUCAACAAUGGGCGAAGAUCGCUUAAAUGGACUGGCAUCAUUGAAUAUACAUCGUGAUAUAAACGUGGACAUAAAUCAAGCACUGAAUCAAUUCUUUUCAGUCCCUCGUCGAGUUAAUUUAUUAAAAAAAUGA